UAUACGGGCAAAGGCCUUAAAAACCAUCCAAAGCUGCUGCGCUCAUAGUAAAGAUUUCAUUCUUAACCAAAAUCUUUCAAUUGCCGACCUCGGUCCAAUUUUAACACGUGAUACUCCAAAAUUCUUCCUUUUCCCUAUUUAAGCUUAGCUUCAACGAUCGGGAACAGGCCGGAAGCUUUCCUCAGCACAAACAUUGUCUACCGGUUACGAAAGAUUCCUCUCCACCGAAAGUCUUUUCUGUCCCUCCAUCAAAUAUUCAAUUCCCAACACUCUUUCUUCUUUUCACCACCACAUAAUAUAUUUUGACAUCAUGUUCGCCGCAAGAAGAGCAUUGACUGGAGCAGUUCAAAGCAGAGCUUUCUCUGCUUCUGCUAGAGAUGUAAGAUUAAUGUUCCGUCUAAUACUUCUUACAGCUAUUUACUUGGCUCUAUCAUUUAUGAACCUUUAACUAAUUUUACUCAAAAUAGCUCUCUAAAGUUACAGUUCUCGGUGCUGCUGGUGGAAUUGGACAACCAUUGUCUCUUCUCCUCAAGUUAAAUCCUCGUGUUACUGAUUUGGCUUUAUACGAUAUCCGUGGAGGUCCAGGUCCGUCGACAUCAUUUCUUAUAACAAUAUUGCUGGGAAGAUCAAAGUCGAAAGGGAAUUAAAUGUACAGAUAUGCUAAUAGGAUAUUCAAUUGGAUAAAUAGGUGUCGCAGCAGAUAUUUCUCACAUCAACACCAAAUCCAAGGUUACUGGAUAUGAGCCAACGCCAUCUGGUCUUGCCGCUGCUCUCAAAGAUGCCGAAAUUGUCUUGAUCCCAGCUGGUGUUCCACGUAAACCGGGUAUGACCCGUGAUGACCUCUUCAAUACUAACGCGUCAAUUGUUCGUGAUCUCGCCAAAGCUGCUGCUGAAUCUGCACCAAACGCAAACAUCCUUGUUAUUUCCAACCCAGUUAACUCAACUGUUCCAAUCGUUGCCGAAAUCUUCAAGGCUAAGGGAGUUUAUAACCCAAAGAGACUUUUCGGUGUUACUACUUUGGAUGUUGUUAGAGCUAGCAGAUUCGUCAGUGAAAUCAAGAAGACUGACCCUGCUGAUGAGAACAUCGUUGUUGUUGGAGGUCACUCUGGUGUUACCAUUGUUCCUCUUUUCUCUCAAUCAUCCCACCCAGAUCUCGUUGGUAACGAGAACCUUCUCAAGCGUGUUCAAUUCGGUGGUGAUGAAGUUGUUCAAGCUAAGGAUGGUGCUGGAUCUGCUACUCUCUCCAUGGCUAUGGCUGGUGCCCGUAUGGCCGAAUCAUUAUUGAAGGCUUCCCAAGGACAAGCUGGUAUCGUUGAACCAACUUUCGUUGACAGCCCAUUGUACAAGGAUCAAGGUGUUGAUUUCUUUGCUUCCAAGGUUGAAUUGGGACCAGAUGGUGUUCAAAAGAUUCAUGAAGUUGGAAAGGUCGAUGCUGUUGAGGAGAAGCUGUUGGAGGCAUGCUUGGCUGAUUUGAAGAAGGUACGUUUUUCUGAUAUUAUUAUUACCUUGUGCCAUGUUAACAUAGACUAACAAUUACCGACAGAACAUUCAAAAGGGUGUUGAAUUCGUCGCCAAGAACCCAGGAAACUAAACAAACCCUCUCAAUACCUUUAUGAUCAACUAAUUCGAAAACCACCUACAAAUCUCAAAAUCCUAAAAUGAAUUUGAAAUGAAUCCUUGAUGUUUUGAAUUCCAAUCAAAUACUCGCGUUUUUAUAUCGCAUGUAUGUACACGUAUGAUGGAUGGAAGGAAUAUAGAAAAUAUUUCGACUUUUGAGUGAAAUGGAUGAAAUAUAUCUGGCUAUGAUGUCUGAUUUAUAGCAUGUAUUGUGCAAGCGAUGUAAAUUAUAAUGAAAUGACUC